CGUUACACGUCACACGCGCCUUCGUUACAGGGUGAAGAUACAGGCAAUGUCACACAGCCCUCCUCAUCGUCACGACUAGAAAUUCGCCGUAUCUUCUGCAAAAUAAUUCUUGACAGCAUUUGGGGAGAAAUAAUAACCGAAGCGCACUGACUGCCGUGUAGAGCUGUUCUCCAGCAGUUGCUGUCCAAGGUCCUGAACUCCUCCAGCCCAUGCAAACAGGCAGCUCCUGACACCCAGCUCCAGCACUCUUUCCACCAACGCACAACCUCCAGCCAUGGAUGAGGGAUAUAGAGACCGAUCGGCCUUCAUCAAAGGCGCUAAGGACAUUGCCAAAGAAGUCAAAAGGCAUGCUGGGAAAAAAGUGGGCCGCCACGUGGACAAGAUGACCGACGAAUACACCAAACGCUCUUAUACUCGCUUUGAAGAAGAUGACGAUGAUGACGACUACCCCGUCCAGGCUCAGGACGGCAGCUAUUACCGCAGUAACAGCAGGGCUAAUGAUGAUGAAGGAGCCCACAGCGACUCCACAGAAGGCCACGAUGAAGACGACGAGAUCUACGAGGGCGAGUAUCAGGGAAUCCCCAGAAAUGACUCGGUGGAGAAGGCUGAUCGGCAGGUGGGCGCAGUGGGACAGUCUCAGUUUCGGGACAUGACACAGUAUGAGGGCGAGCGCAGGAAGGACCAGGAGGAGCUGGCGCAGCAGUACGAGACCAUCCUGCAGGAGUGCGGCCACGGACGCUUCCAGUGGACCCUCUACUUUGUGCUGGGUCUGGCCCUCAUGGCGGAUGGCGUGGAGAUCUUUGUGGUGGGCUUCGUUCUGCCCAGUGCUGAAAAAGACAUGUGCUUGUCUGAGCCCAACAAAGGGAUGCUGGGUCUGAUCGUGUAUUUGGGGAUGAUGGUGGGAGCAUUUGUGUGGGGUGGAUUGGCUGACAGAAUCGGCCGCAGACAGACUCUUCUCAUCUCGCUCUCCAUCAACAGUGUGUUUGCUUUCUUCUCCUCCUUUGUCCAAGGAUACAGCUCUUUCCUCUUCUGUCGUCUGCUCUCCGGUGUGGGAAUCGGCGGCUCGAUCCCCAUCGUGUUCUCUUAUUACUCUGAGUUCCUGGCUCAGGAGAAACGCGGGGAGCACUUGAGUUGGCUUUGCAUGUUCUGGAUGAUCGGAGGAAUCUACGCCGCCGCCAUGGCCUGGGCCAUCAUUCCUCAUUACGGCUGGAGCUUCCAGAUGGGAUCAGCCUACCAGUUUCAUAGCUGGCGAGUGUUUGUUCUGGUGUGUGCGUUUCCAUCCGUCGCUGCUAUCGCUGCUCUGACCACCAUGCCUGAGAGCCCACGCUUCUACCUGGAGAACGGGAAGCACGACGAAGCUUGGAUGAUUCUAAAGCAGGUUCAUGACACCAACAUGAGGGCUAAGGGAUACCCGGAGAGAGUUUUCUCUGUCACCACCAUUAAGACAGUGAAGCAGAUGGAUGAGUUGGUUGACAUGGGUGGAGAAGCCACAGCCUGGCACCAGCGCUGGAGGAUCAAACUCACGAACCUCUUCCACCAGGUGUGGGGCAACUUCCUGACAGUGUUCAACCCUGAGUAUCGCAGGAUCACCUACAUGAUGAUGGCCGUGUGGUUUUCCAUGUCCUUCAGCUACUACGGCUUGACUGUUUGGUUCCCCGAUAUGAUCAAAUAUCUGCAGAAACAGGAGUACUCCUCACGCACAAAGGUCUUCAUCAAAGAGAAAGUGGAGCAUGUGACCUUUAACUUCACGCUGGAGAACCAGAUCCACCGGAAUGGAGAGUACUUUAACAACAAGUUUUUGAAUCUGAAGAUGAAGUCUAUGGUGUUUGAAGACUCUCUGUUUGAGGAGUGCUACUUUGAGGAUAUCACUUCAAGCAACACCUUCUUCAGAAACUGCACCUUCAUCUCCACCCUUUUCUACAACACUGAUCUGUUCAAGUACCGGCUGAUCAACAGUAAACUCAUCAACAGCACCUUCCUGCAUAAUAAAGAGGGCUGUAUGCUGGAUUUCAGUGACGAGAACAACGCCUACAUGAUCUAUUUCGUCAGCUUCCUCGGCACGCUUGCUGUCCUGCCUGGGAACAUCGUAUCUGCUUUGCUCAUGGAUAAGAUCGGACGUCUGAGAAUGCUGGCGGGUUCCAGUGUGAUUUCCUGCGUCAGCUGCUUCUUCCUGUCGUUUGGAAACAGUGAAUCCGCCAUGAUUGCUUUGCUCUGUCUAUUCGGGGGCAUCAGUAUUGCGUCAUGGAAUGCCCUGGAUGUACUAACAGUGGAGCUGUACCCGUCGGACAAGAGAACUACUGCCUUCGGUUUUCUGAAUGCCCUGUGUAAGUUAGCCGCAGUUCUGGGCAUCAGCAUCUUCCAGUCGUUUGUGGGCAUCACUAAAGCAGUGCCCAUCCUUUUCGCAUCGGGGGCUUUGGCUGCUGGAAGCUUCUUGGCUCUCAAGCUCCCGGAGACUCGUGGUCAGGUGCUUCAAUAGUGCGCCAUUACAGCUGCGACCUUGUCCGGGUGUGAGUGAGCCAUGCUGGAGGCGGCCCAAACAAACCCCACACUACUUACAGAUAUCUGCAUUCCUCCAAUAUGUGCAAUUGUGUUACUUCAUUUUCAUUUGACUUCAUUCAGAUCUACAUGUAUAAAUAGAUUCCCUGCUGAUGUCUCAUUGUUUCACAGGAAUAUUGGAGACCCUGUGUGUGAGUGUAUGUGAAUGUGUGUGUGUGUGUGUAGAAAAACUGCCAUGUUAAACACAUUCCAGCUUUGCGUUAUGGUACGUACCUGAUAUUUACCAUGUUCAUUUGGACUUUUCCCUUUAAUCUUCAUUCAAGCCAUCAUGUGAUCUUGAAAACCAUCACUGAGGACCAGUGAAUUCUGUAGGUAGAUAUAUUUGAAUGGACAGUGUUGAUCUAGUGGUGAUGGUUAUUGUCGUUGUCCUUCGUUUCCCAAGAUCUCGAUUUACAAAGUGUGUGAUGCAGCAAUAUUGUCUGCAAUAUCGGCUCAAACACACUCUCACCUUUAACAGUAGAUGUUUUUAAGCAUUAACGCUUAUAUCACAUAUAGACAGUGUGUCAUUGAUUCACGUUUCCGUUUUAGUUUGACUUCAUCUGAAGUGCUUUGAAAAUGUCGGUGUUGUGCAUGCAGAGACUCGUGACGAUUCAUAGGAAUAUAUUUGAAGAUCGUGAAUAUAGCUGAUGAAAGUGCUCUGUAUUACUCUCUGACAGUGUUUCUCAACCAUGUUCCUGGAGGACCACCAGCACUGCAUGUUUUGGAUGAAUCUCUUGGAUGAAGCUCAUUCGGAAUUUGUACCCCUAUAUACAUUUCUGGAGAGCGCCAAAUACAACCCAGGAGCUACAUUUUUUGCAGAUUUUGUUUUCACGAAUCCCACGAAGGCCACUGUGUAUGCUUUUUGAAAUCUCAAAUUUCUCUCACGAGUGAGUGUUUUCCCGAUGGUGUUUUCAAAAGCACCGAUUGACCAGCACCUACCCACUUCUGUAAACCCAACCGAUAGUUUUUUCAAAAGCAUUGAUUGACCCGUGCCCAUCCACUUUGCUAAACCCAACUGAUAGUGUUUUUAAAAGCACCGAUUGACCAGCGCCUACCCACUUUGCUGAACCCAACCCAUAGUGUUUUUAAAAGCAUUGAUUGACCAGCGCCCACCAAUUUUGCUACUGAUUAGUGAGUAAUUUCAACUGAUAGUGUUUUCAAAAGCAUCGACUGACCAACGCCUACCCACUUUGCUAAACUUAACCGAUAGUGUUUUCAAAAGCACCGAUUGAUCACCGCCGACCCACUUCGCUAAACCCAACCGAGUGUUUUCAAAAGCACCGAUUGACCAGCACCCAUCCACUUUGCUAAACCCAACCGAGUGUUUUCAAAAGCAUGGAUUGACCAGCACCCAGCUACUUUGCUAAACCCAACCGAUAGUGUUUUCAAAAGCAUGGAUUGACUAACGCUUACCCACUUUGCUAAACCCAACCGAUAGUGUUUUUAAAAGCACCGAUUGUCCACCACCUACCCACUUCCCUAAACUCAAACCGACAAUGUUUUCAAAAGCAAUCCAGAAAAAAGCCCUCGUGGUAGCCUGAUUUUUACCACAUUUUCAGAUCUAACCACAUUCUAACCCUGUUAUUUACUUGUUUAUUUUAAUUUUUGGCUUCUGUUUUGGUCUUAUUUGCUUUAUGGAACUGUUCUUCGCCAGACUCAAACCUGUCGUCAUGGUCAACUCUGUGUCUCAAAUCCUCCGAUGUACACGGCAAGCCACGGAACAAACUGGUAACAGCGGAAAUUCCUUCCAUACGGAGGUAAGGGGAAAAAAACAGCAUCAUACCGCCCCAUAGCGUUUGUUUUAAAAUCGAAAUGCAGCCAAACAUAGCUCUGGCUACGUAAUUCACGAUCUCCAGAAAUGUAUAUAGGGCUACAUUUUCAGAAUGAGAAUGUUGCUCGUUCGUCACACCCAUUGCACGUCUUUCAGUCUCUGCUAAUGAGCUAAUGAUCUGCAUCAGGUGUGCAUUAAGGAGACAUGGAAAAUGUGCAGAGCUGGUGGUCCUCCAGGAACAUGGUUGAGAAACACAACUCUAUGCUACUCAAUCAAGCAAUUUUUUUAGAAAAGAUGUAAAAAAUGAGAUAAGUGACAUGAUGGGUUGUCGUUUGUAAGGUAUAGUAUGGCAUUAUUCAUAUAUGGUUUUAUUAUGCUGUCAACACUCGUUUGUUUUUCUCGAGAUUGCAUUUCUUUUGUGCGCAAACGAUAAACAUGUUAAGUUCGCUCUGUUCUCAUACAUAAAAAACACAUGAGGAAAAAGAACUAAAGAAAAAAAUAAACGAAGCACAAUGUGAUUUGAUUGAGAAAAAAUAGGUUUAUUUUGAUGAUUAUGUAAAUGAUGUACUGAAUAUAAAUAUUUAAAAAUUAGCUGUAAUUCAAGUCUGUCUGUUUAAACACGCAAAUUAUUAUUAUUAAAUAUACAAACAUAUAAAUAUAUAUAUAAAUAUAUAUAUAAGAAAAAUAUUUACAUGUUCAAAUGUUGAACCAGUAUCAACAUAAUGUCUUAGAUUCCAUUUGACGUAUGUAUAUACCGUUUAUCUGUUUGUUAAGGGAUUUAAUUUUUUUAUCAAAUAAGCAAAUAUAUGAAAAAAUGACUGAACAAGUCCACUGAUUUGCAGCACACACAGACGCCCUCCUACACGUUUUCUGUUGUGUUCUUGUAAAGAAACAGAGUUUGUGUGUGGGUGUGUAAGUAUGGAAGUAUGUGUGCUUGCAUGUGAAUUGUUGAGUGUACUCGGAAUAUUUGUAUUUAUUUAUAUAACUGUUUAUGAGAGUUUGAUUUUAUAGUAUUUUUUACUUUGAGUAUCUGUAGAAACAGAUGUAGUGCCACAUGCAGGGUGAAUUUUUGCUGUAUCAUUGUUGACCUGAUGUUCAGUUCUUUGGUGACUUGGUAGCAGUAACUGAAUAUAGCAUCAAAAAAGAAGCGAAUUAACGAAAGUCGAAACCCAAUGAGGUAACGUUUGAUGGGAAGCAAAGCAAAAAACAAAAACAAAACAAGGAUAUAUCCCAUUAGGACAAGCACUAAACAGUGCGGCUUGUCCAAUUCUGCUACAUUUUAGCAAGCACAAUUAACGCUAGCUCCAUGGAGUAUCGUGGACAACUGGUUAAAUAACCAGAUAUUGAAGCAAAAAAAAAAAAAAGAGUAAAAAAAACAAACCUCCACCUGGCUGGAAGCUGUAUAUCAGCCCAGUUGCUUCUAAACCCAGCCAGCGCUUACACAACUAAUUUUUGGUGUCAUUCAACCUUCUUUACUGCCAUUUUGUAGGAUAGCAGCCAUAUUAUGUACUCAGAGUAGACACACCAACCAUUUACAGAUUUAAAAAUACUUCAACCAAAGUGGUUACACAACACAAGCUAUUGAUUUCAGGCACAAGCGUAACUUUCAAGAGCUUAAACUCUUUCUGACAGCCUUAAAGUUUCGAUUUCAAUUGGAGAAAUUGGCCAUGUGUCAAAUAAAAUGAACAGUUAUAGAAACUGCCAUCUCUGCCGUGACUUCUGGUCACCUGUAGUGUCACAGAUGCUGUAGUGACAAUCUUUACAUGUGCCAUCAUGUGUGACCGUGCGCAUCUUUAAUUGCCAAAUGUUUUCUACUACUUCCUUGGUUUGUCCUGGCAGAGCUCACAUCACGGCGCAGACAAAAACAUGCUUUUUAACACCAACAAUCGAGGGUGUGGCAAUCCAUGCAAGCGAAUAGGGAAAAAUAAUAUAUUUAAAGGAACACUCCACUUUUAUGUGGAAAUAGGUUCAUUUUACUGUAAUUUUAAGAGUUAAAAAGCUCAGUUUUCAAUCCAUGCUGUGAUCUCUGGGUCUGCCAGAAGGAUAUGUUUAGCUUAGCUUAGCAUAGAGCAUUGAAUCAGAUUAUACCAUUAGCAUCUCGCUGAAAAAAUUCAAAAAAGUAAUUUUGACGUAAUCAAUGAACUUGGGUGGCACAAUGAGUAACGCUGUCGCCUGACAGCAAGAAGGUCGCUGGUUCGAGCCCCGGUUGUUCUUCCCGUGUUUGCAUGGGUUUCCUCCGAGUGCUCCAGUGUACCUCUACAAGAUAUGUGCAAUAGGUAAAUUGGGUAAGUUAAAUUGUCCGUAGUGUAUGUGAGUAUGUCCUGGUCCUCCAGGUUGGGGAUUGAGCGUUGGGCUAACGACCCAGCAAUGAGAUGUUACGAAGCACCAAUAUAGUGCAGCUAAAUAUCAACUUCGAUAUAACCGGUUCUGGGAGUAAGCUAUCAAUGAACUUUGCUGCCGUACCAUGGCUGCAGUGGGUGCAAUGGUAUUAUGCAGAGCCUGAAAAUAGUCCCCAGCUUGGUUGUGUCUGCUGUAGUCAUGGUACAGCAACAAAGUUCCUUGAUUAUAACACCGAAUGUUCCUAGUCACAUUAACCUAAAACAGCAACUGUUCAUUUUCUGUUGCUCUUAGUACACAAUGUAACUACCGAAGAGUCGAGCUUUACAUAGGAAGAUUAUCUAACUAUUUUCUAAACUGUUUUGAGAGAGAUGUUAAUGGUCUAAUCUGAUUCAAUGAUUUAUGCUCUCUGACCUCUAUAGGUGCUCUAGCGACAGACGCUAGAGGCUAUGGUCUUUAGCCUUCUUGUUAGAGCAACUGACUCCCAUGUGGAGAGUCGCUGAUCCGAUCCCAGCUUGGAGUGGGUUGGGUGGUGCAGUACCGGUGGGGUUACAUUGGUACCGUGACCUGGAUGAGAGUGAGGUUUAGUGGGGUAAGUGAAACAGAGGCCAGCUAGAGAAGUACUAUGCAGGUAAACCUCACACCCCUGAUAAAAGGUGCUCUAGCAACAGACUCUAGAGGCCAUGGUCUUUAGCCUCCUUGUAAGAGCAACUGACUCCAAAGCGGAGAGUCGCUGGUUCAAUCCCAGCUCGGGACAGGUUGGGUGGUGUUGGGCAGGAUUACAUCGGUGCCGUGACCCGGAUGGAAAUGGGGUUUAGGGUGGUGAGUGUAACAGAAGCCAGCUAGUGAAGUGCUAUGUAGGUAAACCUCACUCUUCUGAUCUCUAAAAGGUGCUCUAGCGACAGACACUAGAGUCGCUGGUUUAAUCCCAGCUUGGAGUGGGUUGGGUGGUGUGGGAUUGGUAGGGUCAAAUAUGCUAAGCUAAAAGUAUUUCUGCCAGACCUGGAGAUUGGCUGAAUAGAUGAGAAAAUGGUCAAACUCAACUGUUUAACCUAAGGGGACUUCCUAAAAACAAUGUGGAGUGUUCCGUUAGGCUUCUAGACGUCUCAACCGGGUGAUUUACUCAGAUGGAACAUGCUUGAUGCAAACGAUCAAAGCAUGAACGCUGGUUACAAUUCGAGAACGCUUAAAAAAAGGAUGACUAGGUUUGUCAGUGAACUAGAUAAUUGUUUGUACGCACAAGCAAUCAUCCGUUAAUGUCAAACUACUUUGAUGUCACUGUCAAAAUGGCCCAUUUCCAAACAGUCCUGCAGUUUGUAACCCUUCAUAUGGUCACAUCUCCACUGUGUAGCUGUUGUUCCCUUCAUUGAAUUACGUCAUACUUGCUGUUGUAUGCUGUGAAUUACAGUAUCUAAUCUCAGUGAAGCUAUGAUUAUCUCUGUGUACAAGCAGUCCUGGAUUUGGUGCACGUUAUCACUUAAGAUUGUGUACUGGUUGUAAGACUUUUGGGUUUUGUUACAGGGUCUUUUGUAUUUCUAAACGUGCUCACUUAGCAACAAUCAAUCUCGUGUGCAAAAAGAAAUCGAAGCAAUAAGUGGUAAACAUGUUCGCUUUGCCCCAUCCCCCGACCCCCCCCAAACAACUGGGCAAAAAAGCACACUAAAAAGUCCGCUGGCCAUAUUUGACGAAACAGCAGCUGAAAGAAAACAGGCCAACAUCCGUGUACACUACAAAUAUACCAUAGGUCUUCUGAUGCUUUUGUCAGUUUCAAUGUAUUGCCAUAAUUUAAAUGUGACAGAGAGUUUAUCACCUUAUCAUUGUACUGUGCUGUAGAGAUUGUAGAUGUUUGUAUGUAAAUGAAUAAAUAUGUGGAAUAAUAAAACAAACAAACAAAAAAGAUAAAAAUGUUGAACAUGAGAAAUAGAGUACUACUGUAUGUUGUUCAUUUUGUGAUUUGUUUUUUUGUACAUGAGAAUGGAAAUGUUGACAUUAUCGCUGAAUAUAGAGACUAUUCCAUCCUUACCGAAAUGGUUCUGUAUUACAUUUUGUGAGAGAUUUACUUUUUGUUUUUUGACUCGUACUCGGGGCUUGAACUGCGCUUGUGCAGUUGAAACUGUCCCUCAAUGGAUUUAAAACAUACAUACAAAUAAUAAACAAAUGGUAUAUUGCUUGAA